AUGGAAUCAACUACGAUCACCGCUGUUGCGAACACCCACAAGAACGGAACCGUAAACGGUGCCGACGGAGAGACCUUAUACUAUUACGUCGACGCGUCCUUUCCUGAAUCGGAUUCCCCGUGCCGGAAAGGCUCUGGGGAUUUGAUGUAUUCUGGGGAAGACGUGGCUUAUCAGUGGAAUUUUCUACCGGUUCGGCCGGAAACCAGAGAUAGCUUUGACUCGUCGGUCAUGGCGAGCUGCUUUUUGAUCCCUGGAAAUCAGCCGCAAUCAAUGUUCUCAACUUAUCUGGUCGCGAAAAGAAGCCCUGCCCAUCGAAUUGUAAAAGCAGCCCUCCUGCUCUCCAGUCUUUGCCGGUGCUACAGUAGUUGCGUCAAAAUCUACGAAGCUGUCUGUAUUUUUGAUUACUUGCUGUUGAUGAGGAAUUUGCCCAACGACGAUGGGUCAUACCUUUGCUAUGCCGGCUACUUUUUCUCACCCAACUAUUAUUUGAUCAAGUAUGAUUACAUAUGGAGCACGUCGGCCAAGGAGCUUUGCGAUACCGCAAAUACCAUGUGGUUUGGCUGUAUUACCGUAUCGACCAUUACGAGUAUGGGCACGUUUUGGCGUCUGAAACUUAAGACCAUAAAAGAAACCAAUGAGUUGGAGGCAAAGAAUGACUCGCUGCUGGUUUCUGCGCUCGCUUUCGCCAGCCUCGCCUUUUUUACCGAUUUUCUGGUGAUAUCAAUUACCGACGACAACUGGAAAUUGAAUACCGUCAUCGGCAAUGUGGCCAAUACUUUCAGAAACAUCAUCUUCAUUUGCUACGGAUCUGUUUGUCGGCCGCCGGUACCCGAAAAGAAAGUCCCAGUCAUCACCGUGAAAGCACAGUCAUGCGAUUUU